CCGCGGGGCGUGCGGGCGGCGGAGCAGUAAAGAUGGCUGCGAGCGGGUCUCCGCCCUCCGCUCCCGGCUGAGGCGGCGGCGGCGGGGCCCGGAGCGGCGGCGGCGAUGGCGGAGCUGGAGCACCUGGGCGGGAAGCGGGCCGAGUCGGCGCGGGCGCGGCGGGCCGACCAGCUGCGGCGCUGGCGGGGCUCGCUGACGGAGCAGGAGCCCGCCGAGCGGCCGGGCGCGGGGCGGCCGCCGCAGGCUCGGCGCGGGGGCCCGCGGGUCCGCUUCGAGGACGGCGCGGUGUUCCUGGCCGCCUGCUCCAGCGGCGACGCCGACGAGGUGAGGCGGCUCCUGGCCCGCGGCGCCGACGUGGACACGGCCACCGUGGACGGCCUGACCGCCCUGCACCAGGCUUGUAUUGAUGAAAAUUUGGACAUGGUGAAGUUCCUGGUGGAGAACGGAGCGAAUGUAAACCAGCAGGACAACGAGGGCUGGACACCCCUCCACGCAGCAGCUUCCUGUGGCUACCUCAACAUAGCAGAAUAUUUCAUUAACCAUGGCGCCAGCGUGGCUGCUGUGAACAGCGAAGGGGACGUUCCCUCUGACCUCGCAGAGGAGCCCGCCGUGAAGGAUCUGCUUCUGGAGCACGUGGAGAAGCAAGGGGUGGAUCUCGCGCAGGCACGGAAGGCGGAGGAGCAGCAGAUGCUGCAGGACGCCCGCCAGUGGCUCAACAGCGGCAAGAUUGGGGACGUGAGGCAGGCCCGCUCGGGGGCCACUGCCCUGCACGUGGCUGCCGCCAAGGGCUACUCCGAGGUCCUCAGACUUUUGAUUCAGGCUGGCUGUGAACUCAACGUUCAGGAUCACGACGGCUGGACCGCGCUCCAUGCCGCCGCACACUGGGGCGUGAAGGAGGCUUGCUCCAUCCUGGCCGAAGCCCUCUGUGACAUGGACGUCAGGAACAAACUGGGCCAGACACCAUUUGAUGUGGCUGACGAAGGCCUCGUGGAGCACCUGGAGACGCUGCAGAAGAAGCAGAGCGUGCUUCGAAGUGAAAGAGAGACACGGAAUAAGCUCAUUGAGUCAGACUUGAACAGCACGUUGCACAGUGGACUCUUUCAGAACAAAGAGAAGAUGCUCUAUGAGGAGGAGACCCCGACGUCCCGAGGAGUGGAAGAGGAAAACAAGGAACCGAGCAGCUCCAGCUCAGAUGAGGACGGAGGCCGGGAUGAGGCUUCUGAGUCAGAACCUGAGAAGGAGGCGGGUGAUGCCGAGACCCUCCGUCCCCAGCGCGUGGGGGGUCCCUGCUCGUCAGAAGAUGAAAAGCCGGGAGCCGUUGUCCACCAUUCCAACUCUGAAAGCAGGAGUCGUGUCACGGAGCAGACACCAGCACCAGCACAGAACACCUUCUCCACCUCUUCUGCCAGGAGAUUCUCCAGCCUCUUCAACAAGCCGGACGAGCCCAGAGAUGAGUGUCCAUCUUCGUGGAGGCUGGGCCUCAGGAAGACCGGCAGCCAGACCGUGCUGAGCGAGGCAGCCGGGUCCAGGGAGGCCCUGCGGGACCGGGCCGCGUCCCUCCACCGCUCGGCCUCCAGCCCCCGCAUCUCUGCUCUGCUGGAUGGCAAAGAAAAGGAGAGAGAAAACAGAAGCUAUUUCAGUUCCCUGGGGUCACGGAGGCUCAGCAGUGCCAGCGACCUGGAGGAGAAGGAGAACAGAGAGUCGGCCGCUAACCUGGUGCGGAGCGGCCCCCACGCCCGGCAGCCGUGGCGGGAUGGAGCCGCAGGGAGCGAACCCCCGCAGACGGCCGCUGCUUCCACCUACGUGUCCACCUACCUGAAAAGGACUCCUUACAGGUCCCAGGCCGACUCCACAGCGGAGAGGACAGCCGACAGUGCCUCCUGCAGCACCCCGCUCUGUGUGAUCACGAAUCGCCCCCCGCCUGGCACUGCCAACGGGGUUACAGCUGCCACUCUGCUCUCCACUGCUGGGACGGACUCCUCCGUGGAAGCCAGGGACAGGAGGAGGUCGUAUCUGACUCCUGUACGGGAUGAGGAAGCUGAGUCGUUACGGAAAGCACGCUCCAGACAAGCUCGGCAGACUCGAAGGUCUACCCAAGGUGUGGCCCUGACCGAUCUUCAGGAAGCAGAAAGGACGUUCAGCCGGUCCAGGGCAGAGCGUCAGGCUCAGGAGCAGCCCAGCCCGAAGCCCAGCGGCCCCGGAGGGCUCAACGACGGCGCCCAGAAGCGUGAGCCCUUAGCGGCCCCCGCAGAGGACGCUGGGGAGAGCCGUCCGCCCUGGACCCGGAGCCUGGAGGAAGAGCCUGUGUAUCGUCGCCUGAGGUGUCCAGCUCAGCCAGACAAACCCACGACACCCGUGUCACCUCCUGCCCCAAGACCCUCCCUCUACACCAGUUCCUACCUGCUCCGGACGGGUAGGUCUGCAGCCUCUGAUUUGGAGAGUUCAGAGCCUCCCACAAGUGCUGCAGGGGCAAAGGAAAUGGACAGAAAUGAGGGCGAGGAAGCGGAUCCGGGUGAUCAGUCCUCUAACAGGCUGUCGGUCCGUGAGAGGAGGCGGCCCAAGGAGCGAAGAAGAGGCACGGGCAUCAACUUCUGGACGAAGGACGAAGAUGAAACUGACGUCUCGGAAGAGGUGAAAGCGGCAUGGCGCCCCGAGACCACGUACACGAGAAGACGGAGGCAUGGAGGCCCCCGGUUAGAGAGAGAAUUCCACGGGGAAAGCCAGCUUGUAGCGAGGGCGGUGCCGGCGCGCUGCCCCCCCGGAUGGCUGCAGCACGAACGGCUUUCUAGGUUGGAGUCGGGGGGCGGCGACGUCAGCAGUGAGCGGGCCUCGGCCAGAGCCCGCCGGGAGGCCCGCGAGGCCCGCCUGGCCACCCUGAGCAGCCGCCCGGAGGAGGACAGCAGCAGGGACUACAGAAAGCUCUACGAGAGCGCCCUGACGGAGAACCAGAAACUGAAGACGAAACUUCAGGAGGCCCAGCUCGAGCUGGCAGACGUGAAAUCGAAGCUUGAGAAGGUGGCCCAGCAGAAGCAAGACAAGACCCCCGACCGGUCAUCGGUGCUGGAGACAGAGAAGCGGGAGAGGCGCGCCUUGGAGCGGAAGAUGUCGGAGAUGGAGGAGGAGAUGAAGGUCCUGACGGAGCUGAAGUCCGACAACCAGAGGCUGAAGGAUGAAAACGGCGCCCUCAUCCGAGUCAUCAGCAAGCUGUCCAAGUAGCCCGGCGCCUGCUCCCCUGUCCCCUGCCCACCGAGGGGCGCGGGUGUGCUGGAAGGACCCUUCUCUGGCCGCCGUCCCAUCGCGGCCGCUGCACCCUCGGCGCCCGCCACCCCUGGGUUUCAGACACUCCGCACCGGAGCCGCCUGCAGUGGUUCAGCUGGUGGAGCCACGGGCCCGGCCCCCCGCGGCCCGGCCCCCCCGUCCACGUGGCACUUGGCGUAGGCGCACGAGGCCCCAGCCCCGCCGCGCGUGCCCUGGCGCGGACACGCAUCGGGCGGCCUCCGGAGCGGCUGCCACCAGGCCCACGGUGACGGCGCCUCCGCCUCGGGGGCCCCACUAGCCUUUGCUUCUCAGGAACUGACUUUUCUCCAGCUCCCGCCGGUGGUGGUGGAAUGUGUUCUACCCACAACCCAGUGACACCCUGACUGGUCCUGAUGCCGGCUCCCCUGCCGGGCCCUCUCCCCAGGGCUCGGGUGAGCCGGCCGUCCCUUCCCUUCCUGCCCUUUUACGUCCCUCCUUCCGUCUGCUCCGCCGCCCGUGCCCCGGGGUGUGGACGCCGGGACAGAGCACCGGGCCCAGCGGCCUGCCUGGGCAGGGGCCCCACCGGCCGCUCCCCGCGAAGCCGGACCAGGCUCUCGGCGCCCCCUCGUCCUCCCCACACAGCAGUGUCUUCGCCAGAAAACCUGGGCUCUGGGCACCCCGCCUGCCUCACCGCACUUUGACCUUGUUUCCUCUCCUGCAGGGAAGUGGUGCCCUGAGGGGCCUGGGGGGCGGGCUGGUGGAGGGGCUCGGCCGGCACGUGUGGGGGCCUCUGCGGUCCCGCCCUGGUGACGGGAGGGUGAGGGGAGAGCUUCGCGCGGGGAGGGCGGUGGGCUCACUGGCGUCGGGCGUGGGUGAAGGGGAGACACGUUUGGGAAAGCCGGCGGGAAAAAUGAGUCCGGACUCGGCGUGGCGAGGCCCGGCGACCUGUGGCCAGGGAGCCUCUGGCGGCUGUGCGUUGAUGACUCGAAAGCUGGGCAGCUCUGGCGUGAGUUAAGGUCUUCUCGAGGGUCCUCCUGUAACGUGACAGCCCUGCUGUACGUGUGCUUGGGGACCCCCGAGGCGCUGACAGUCCCCUGGGCCUGGAAGUCGGCCCCCACACGCCCGCCCCAUCUUGGCCGCCCUCCUCUGGACAGAGGCUCCCUUGGUGCAGUGCAGAAUUAGGUCAUGAGUUCCUGAGAAUGCCCUAAUACUAACACAAGUGUUUGCUCUUCGUAGGAGUUUUGUCCCUCGGCUGGUUUGCGUGUGCCGGUCUUCUGGGGUUGCCGGUGACGCUGGGUGUGUAGCAGUCUGUCCCCAACGUGCUGCCUGGCCUUCCUUCCUCUCCAGCCCCUCCGCGGCCCUUGGGAGCACCCGUGUCCUAGCCCAGAGCUCUGAUCGAGGUCCCAGGUCUAGGACAGGGACGCGUCUCCUGGGGCAGAACCCCUCCCGUGGAGUGUGCUGGUGCUUCCACAUCCAGCCGCUCCGACAGGAAGUGACGCCUGGGGGGCAUUUGUGUUGGGGGGGUAGGGAUGCUGAGCCAGAGUGAAGCUUCGUAUCUUCCACUGAGCGUGUCCUUCAUUCUGGGGGAGGGGACCCGGCACGAGGCCUUGACCCCGACCCCAACUCCCAGUACACCUUUCGUGUUGGGAGGGGCUGGCGCUGUCUGCCGCCUCCUCCUCAGGAAAAGGAAAUUGAGUUACUAGGAUGUCACCUGGACCUCUGGCAUCACACGGACCAGGCAGAGGGGCCGCCACGGGCCCUGGGCUCCGGGCUCUGUCUGUGCCUUUCGGGGGUGCGGGCUGCCCUUGGAACCUGGUCGGGCUGUGUCCCAGACCUCCCGCAGCCUUUCUGUGUCAGGUAGGCCUCUCCGCUCAGGAAGCCGGGCCCUGUGGCCCGAGCCUGUGGUGCGGACCGUCCGUGAUCUCAGGCACUCACUCUUAUGCAACAAACUCUGAGACAGGCUGAAUCCGGUCUCUUUCCAGGCCGUGCUCGGCCGCGAGGUGGUGGCCGGGGGGGCGGCGUGGGGGGAGGGCCUCGUCGUCGCUGGCCUGCGGGUUUCCAGACAGGCCGCACCUCUGAGAGUCUGGCUGCAGCCGCGGGGCCCCAGGCCCAGCCUCGGAAGCGUCUGAGGGAAGGCCAGCCUUGGGCUGUCUCCUCGGCCCACGGCAGGGCGCUCGCUUCCCCUGGGCCGCCCCGCCCCCGCCCACACUGCAUGGCUGAGACGCACAUCUCCCUGAGGCCUCUGGCGAGGGUGGGUAACGGGCUGUUUGGGGUCCUGUCACCCACUUCCCCGCCCUGCACAGAUCGUGUGUGUGUGUGGGCACUGCUCAGGAAGAAGGGAGGCGGGGCCCCCACGUCUAAGCCGUGGACCUCACCGAGGUGUGCGUGAGCGGCCCGCGUGGGGAGGGGCAGCUCUCGUGUCCGCCUCUGGGUUUCGGGCCCCCGUGCAGCCUCUCCCACCCAGACGGACGUGGACAGAGGCCAGAGUUUCAGGCCAGGCCACCAACACAGAGAGGCCCGACGGGGUGGGCGCGAGGCGACAAGGGGCGUCCCAGCUCCCAGGCCACGGUGCGCCUCCAGUGGGAACGCCGCGAGGACUCGGCCGCUGAGCUGGUGGGAAGGGGCUGCUGGUUCCACCCACGGGCUGAGCCCUGGCGUGCUGGCCUCUGGCACAGCCCCCGACUCUGGACGCGGCCACGGUCAUAGGUGGUCCAUCCCGACAGGGCCAGGUCUCCCCCAGUCGUGAGCACAGAGCAUGGUCCCCAUUCUGAGUUUCAAGGCAGGUUUCAGCACCUUGGAAGGUAUGAGUCCCUGAUCCCCGUUCGAAAGCAGCUGUGGCGGGAGAACGAGGCCACAGACAGGACAGGGGUCAGGGGUCGGGGCCUGGGGCCAGCACCUGUCCUGACCAGGGGUGCGGCCGGCUGUGAAGGGGGCGGGGCCGGGCUGGUGGUCCUCCGGGUCCCUUCUAGGCUCGAGAGUCUGUGAUUUGUUGAUUCCUAGGCCGACCAGAACAUUUCUCAAACUAAGAGUUUUUACACUAACUUCAAAAAUUCUCGUUUUCUUCUCCAUCAAACUGUUUGUGUCAAGGUGGGAAAGCGAACUCAGUAUGGAGGGUAGUGGCCGUCCCCCCAAUGGGCUGGCGAGAACAGGUGGAAAGGCGGCCUCGCGGGAGGGGCACGGCUCCUGGCCUCCAGACGGCAGACACGCGGCCUUCCUGCCUGCUGGCCGCUCGCUCUCGGCUCUUCCGCGAUGAAAACUCAGCCUCCAGCUCCGUGGAGCCCUCGGAUCUGGGCCUGGGCUGUCGCCCGCCGAGGGCCCUCCUCUGCGCUGCGGGGACAGGCAGCCCCUGGGAGCGGAGGGCCCUGGGGAGGGGGCAGCCUCACUGGCGCCCGAGGCUUUGCUCAGCUCCCUGGCGGGUAUGCAGACCCUGCUGAGGACAGCUGUUGAUCGCUUGUGCUCUGAUUAGAUUGGGAAAUAGAUCAGCUUCAUUGAGGCCUGGGAACGGUCGUUGUCACAGCUCCUUGGGAGUGAGGUGGGCUCUGGGCCGGGAAGAGCCAGAUGGAGAAUCUGGACCGGCUGGCGGCUGCGUGGUGGGCACGGCAGCCCUUCCUGUGACGGUCGCGGUUGGACGUCAGGUUGAGGAGGGGUCCCGGGAGCCCCUCCUUGGGAAGAAGGUCUGGAGGCGGACGCUGCUGAGGGCCGCUCUGCUGCCACCUUGGGUUUCACGCUUUGGGGGUCAGUCUCACUUCUAGUGUGCACGUGUGCGUGUGUGCGCGGAAAUUUCAGUCUCAUCACCGGUUUCAUCCAAGUGUGUUGUUCUGUUAACUCUUACCUUUUGCUUCCCCCUCUGCUCCCCAGAGGGCUUCUCUCUGAGCUUCUCUAAUUCAUCCGCUUACCAUUUGGACAGGGAAUCUGCCAGAGUGAUCUUUUCUGUUACUUUUCCUCCAAACUUUCCCCUAAUACUUCCAGUAAGCUUUUCCUGGGUGGCCCUUUAAGGUGACCUCGGGAUGCUCCUGUGUCCUUGAAAAUAAACGCACCUUUCACCCUCCCCCACGCUCAUCUUCCUCCACGCUUAUUUUUUGCUUUUCUCACUUGGAGCUGUUGGUGCUUUAGACUAGAGGAGAUUUUCCACCAAUCAGCUCCAACUCUUUGGGUUGCAAAGCUGCCUGGGCUGUGCCACUUGCCCCUCAGAGGUGAGGUUUGGCUCGAGCCAGGUCGGGGGCCCUGGGCAGGCUGGCCUCGUCUGCGCAGCCCUGUUUCCAGCUAGAGACAGCGCGAGUCCUCAGGAGGGCACCGGGCCGCGUCGGUGUGUUUGGGGCAGCCGCUGGGCUGCUGUUGCCUCGCAGGAGCAGGUUCGGGGAAGGCAGGGCCCAGGGGCGCCUCGUGAAGCCUUGAUGGUCUCACAGUAGCAGGGCUGGGGUGCGGGCAGGUCCGGGACGUGGGACCCGGACCCGCCUCUUCUCUCCACACCACUCUGUCUCCUGGGGAGGGGGCUUGGAGGGAAGGACGGGGGCUCGAGCCAGGAUGGCCGGGGCGGGGGGCCCCCCGUGCCCCUGAAAGGCCGGGGCUGUCGCCAUGCUGGUGCCCGGGGGGGGAGGGCGAGACUGUGUCCCGCCGUGGGGGGCUCUGACUCAGGCCGCAGCUCCGUGGUCCCCCCUCAUCCCCUCUCCGUUCUCUCUGCCUCCGUCUGGCCUUGAUCGGACGGAGAGAAAGAGCUGUGAGAUCCCCCCUGGGGUCUCCACACCCCCUUUCCAGGGGUAGCGUUUCGUCUCCGAUCCGAUCGCCUCACCCCGACCCGACUCCCCCUCCAAGAAAGCACCAGAUGGACCGUUUUAACUCGGCUCCAUUGUAAAUACACCCGGGGGGGGGGGGGGGGGGCCAGGUGCGCUUUGUGAGCUGAAUGUAUUUUUAUGCAAUUUUGAGUGGCCUUUCAACCCUGAGAUGAAUGAUUUUGUUUUAGUGGUUGUUGUUAUAUACUAUUAUUAAGUAUUCUGUGUUUGAACGUUUGAGAAUAAUAUUCACAUCUAUGUGAUGCCUGUAAACACAACAGUAUUUAUAAAUGAGUAAAUUAAAUUGUUUUAACUUCGUGGCUGUCUCCACAGUUUAGGAAACGGGGUUUAUAG